GUAUUGUGACGGUUGGAAAGGAAGUGUUCGUCACCGCGGCAGCAACAGCAGUAUCAACAGCGGCGGUGGCAGUGCAAGAGCGGGGACAAAGAGGGAUAGAUCGUACUUGUCAACACUGUGGUGGAGUAAUAUGGUCAAACACUGAUGACUCAACUUUUAUGCCAAAGAGAAAGAGAGCUUUUAUGGUGAUCCUGACAGUGUUUUGUUUGUGAUGACGUAGUGCGGCCGCCGGGCGUGUGUGGCGUGGGCGUGAGCGAGGCAGAGACAGAGUGACGCGCGUGCUGGCUUCUGUGACGGUAGCUGGAGGCGGCGGUGCUCCUCGGGGCUUGGCGUAUUCGAGGGUCGCCAAUUUAAAGGAAAGAUGCAUAACGGAGUAGUGAAGGGAUGAAAGCUGGCUCCAAGGCUCAGGGCAAGGGGAGGGGGCCACAACAAGGGGGCAGCCUCAGACAUCUCAAAAUGCCCCCCCUGAAAAAGACUCCUCCUCUUAAGUUCAAAGCAAAGUCAACCAAGAAAGAGAGUGUGGUCAACCCCAGUGCUCUGCGGAGAACCAGUGAAGCACGGACACCCACGAAGCGCUCCUCCUCCUCCUCCUGCAGUGAAUCUCCCAAGUCUUCAUCAGGGGUGUCCUCCCGAAGCAGAUCUUCCAACUCUAGCAGCCUGUCCCCCAGUAGAGCACCCAGCAGAGUCACGGGGAGGUCCCCAGCAUGCAGAUCAACUGGCAGAUCUCCUACCAGGGGUCCAGGCAGUGCCAAAGUAAAUGGGAAAGGGGUCAAAGCUACACAGAAGGGAGAUGCUGGCAGCUCUAAACUUUCAAAAAUUGCAGAAAAUGCUUGCAGUCCAAAAUCUAAAGCAGCAUCUGAGAAAAGACAGGACAUUACGAAGUCAAAGAAAACUGCUUGCCUUGAUAGUAACAAGUCAGCCUCACACAGUGCCAAACAGUCACUUGUGGAAAAAGGAAAAAAGUCUCCUUCAAAGUGCCGCCGUACAUCUGAAAGUAAUGCAAAGUCCAGCGAUGAAAAAGAAGAGAGUGAUAAAGAUGCAAAGAAAAAGGGAAAGAAAACAAAAGAUACAUGUGCUGAGACACAAGAGUGUGAUAAAGAUAUAAAAAAGAAAAAGAAAAGUGAGGAAAAGAGAGAUGACUUUGAUAAGGUGAGCAAAACUAAAUCAAGGGUAUGUGAAGAGAAAAAUGACAAUGAGAUUGGUAAUAAAAGAAAAUCAAAGAAAAUUUCUGAAAGUAAAGUUUGUGAAAGCCUUGGAAAUGUCAAAGAUGGGAAAAUAAAAGAAGAAAAGGGAACUGAGGGACAGACCAAAGAGGAAGGUGAAAAUGACAAUAAACUAAGAGAGGAACAUGAGAAAGGCUCAAAGAAUGCAGAUAAUGGAAAAUCAACCAGUGAGAAAGAUGAUAUAGAUGCAAAAAUGAAAACUGAAGUUGCCGAAGUUCAUAAGAAAAAUGAAGAUGACAAACAUGUGGAAAAGAAAAAACCUAGAAAAACUUUGUUAGAUAAGGAAGAUGAGGAAAAUGAUGGGAUUAGAUGUAAAAAAGUUAAAGAAGUUAAGAGUGAAGGGAAGAAAAUGAGUGAUAUUGGGGACAACUCUGUUUCCAAGUCUGCUGAUAAAGAAACUUUGUCACCUUUUAAAGACGGUAAAGCUGCUACCUCAGGAAAGCGUGAUAAGAUGGUGAAAAGUGAUGCCAAAGGUAUAAAUGAAGACUGUAAUUCUAACACAAGUAAGCCAAAGAAGAAAAGUGCUGUGAGGAAGACCCUUGAUGAAAGUGAAAAUAAUCACAAUAAAGAGGAAAAGAAAACUGUCUCAGCCAAGAAAGAUACCACAGCUUACAGUGAUGCUAAAGAAGCUAAAAGUAAAUCUGUCUCUUCAUCCCAAGAAACAAUAGUGCCCAAAAAAAGAGGGAGACCAAAAGGAAGCAAAAAUAAAAGAAAAAAUGAUGGUUUACCUACUGCCAGAAUCAAGAAGGACAAACAAAAAGCGGAAAAGAAAAAUAAUGCUUUAAAAGUCACCAACAGUAAGACCAAAAAGGAGAGGAGUGUAUUCUCCUUCUCAGAGAGUGAGGGAGAGAGAGAUGAAAGAUUGGCAAAAGGAAAGAAGGGAACUAAGACAAAACUGAAGAUAAAGGAAGAAAAAGAACCAGUUGAUGAAGAAGAGAACUCAAGCACUGAGAGCUCUUCCUCAGAUGAAGAUAGUCAGAACUCUUUCAAGGGAAUUAGUAAGGCAAAACUCUAUGGAGGACGCACAGAUUGUCCCAAGAAGGUUGUCAUCGGUGGGAAAGUGUACAAGUUAAAACGAGAGACUCCAAAAUCACGGCUGAACAGUAAGAAGACAUCACAUAAGCUACAUCAGAACAGAAAAGUAAAGAACCAUUUGGCCAAUGCUUUUUAUUCAGAAGAAGAAAGUGAAGGAGACAAAAAAAUAAGUAAGAUUGCCAAAGUGAGGUCAGAUGACAGUGAAAGCAGUGACUCUGAAGUAAUUAAGAAGUCAAAGAAAACUGCUGAUUGUCUCAAUGAGGAAACCAGUUCUGAGGAUAUAUCUGAUGAUGAUGAGGACUGGGGAACUAGAAAGAAGCUUAAAAGGCAGAUGAAAAACUCACGGCCAAGAAAAGGAGUAAGAUCAAUAAAAAGUAAAAUAGCAGAUAGGAUGAAUGAGAAAAGUGAUGAUGAUAAAGAAGACGAUACUGAAGAAGAUGAAGAAGAGGAGGAUCACGAUUAUGAAUCUUCAAAACAAAACAGAAGACGACAAGGGAACAAUAAAACAUCUGUAAAGUGUAAAACAGGUAAUACAAGCCAGAAAAGGCCUAAACAAGGUCUGCCUUCCAACCGCAGCCUUAAAUCAGAAUCAUCAGAAGAAGAAAAUGACGAAGAUGAGCAAGAUGAGAUAAAGAAAUCUCGUAAGAAGUUGCCCUAUAAAAAUUCAAACAGAACCCACAAAAAGUCUUCCAAAGAGGUAUCUCAUUUAGGUGUAAAGAAAUCCAAGAAAGUAACAUUCUUAAAGAAGGGCUCCAGAGACAAGGAUGACUCUUCUGAUGAUGAUGAAAGUGAUAAGGAGAGUGACAGUGAUUAUGAGGCACACACAAGAAAGAAAAAGACUGGGAAGGGGAUUUUAAAGACCAAGAAACAUCUACAGAACAACAAAAGGAAUAUGAAUGCAGCACCUCCCAGGCGGACAGCCAGAAUGGCCUUCCUUAAUGCCCGUGCCAUGAUGCACUGCAUGAAUGAAGAUGCCAGGAUUCCCCUCCCUAGCCUUCCACCAUCUUCUGCCAAGAAUGAUAGCAUGGCUCUUAUCCUCAGGGAUCAGGUUAUUCAUGACAGCCAAUCAGAAGAAUCUGAUGAGGAGGACAGAGAUUAUGAUUCUGAUGAUGAUAAACGAGGGAAACGGCGAAAAAAUAUAAAGAGGAAAAAUGAAGAGGAAACUGAGAAAAAAGUGAAAAUGAAAAGAAAACGAAGGAGAGGAGAGUUAGAUGUUCACAUGGAUAUGCGUGAUAUGGUUGUCACUAAACGAAUGGCAAGUCUUAAUGCCUCAGCUAUCAUGGCUGCUAGUUACUCUAAUGAAUCUCGUAAAAGAACUCCAACAGCAACCACAACAAGCUCGUCAGCUGAAAGUGAGAUAACAAAUGUUGAUAUAAAGAGAAAAAUAUCCGUCAAAUCCACUAAGGAAAGAAACACAACCACCAGUAGUGUUAUCACUGUGGAAGAGACAACUAAGAAGGUGAAGAAGGCACAAGGGAGCAGAGAAACAGAAGUAGAGGAAAGAAUCAUUGUCAAGAAAAAAGUGAAAAGACAAGGAGGCACAGAUUCAGACAGAGAGGAUGGAAAUGCUACUGACAACUCAGAGCUAGCAAGUGACAUUCUAACUAGACGCCAAGAGGAACCUAAAGGCUUAAUGGAGGAGUCAUCUUGCACUUAUAUCACUACUCAAAUCCCUUCUGCCCCUCAGACAGUCACCAUUUCAGGGGAGAGCACAUAUUGCAUUACCUCUAGUGAUGGAAAAACCACCACUAUGGUCAAACAGGUUCAGCGAAAAACCACCACUACUGGAGGUUCCACUACCUCAGCUCCACCUACUGCCUGCAUUCCACCCACACACCAUGUGCAGCCACAACCACAACCGCAGAGUACCAGCUAUCCUGUGUCAGGUCAAAAAACUGACAACUACAGUCCCUUGGGUGCCCUGUCCACCAUGCAGCCGGUAAUGAGUCCUGGGGGGACCCACCAUCACCACCACCACCACCAUCACCAACCCCAUCCACCACCUCACCAUCAGCCUCCUCCACCUCACCACCCACCACACCUACCUCCACCACACCACCAGCCUCCUCACCAUCAUCCUCCAACUCACCACCCACCUCCCCAUCCACCUCCACAUAGUUACCCUCAAUCUCACCACCACCACCCUCAUCAUCAGCCAUAUCCUCCACCACCUUCCUCCCACUCCCACCCCUCCACAGCUCCAACAGGGCAUCACUGUAGUUACCGACCUCCUCUUCAGACACCUCCCAUUGGAAAUAAUCCUGCGGCUGGUGGCUCCUGCCAGGGUAAUCAUGUCCCUCCAGUUGUGGGUGCUCCCAUGGUUGGCUCCUAUCCUAGUCACUCCUCACCUGGCUAUGUGGCUCCAGGUCACACAGCGUCACCAGGUCACCCCACUCACCCACCCCAUCACUCCCCAAAGCAGAUGGCUUCACCAAGUCAUGUGUCUCCCAAUUUGAAGAGUCCACAGGGAGGCAGUGGAGGCCCUCACACUCCUGCUGGCUCCCCACGGACUGCUACACUCCAGGCUGGCCAGGUGGAGCGGCACCACUCAGCCUUCACUGCCCCAGCCCCAUCAACCCACUCCCCUGCAGCAUCUACCCCUGCAGGCUACCAGCCAGUGAGUGGGCCCAUGCCAGUCAAACCGAAUUACACAGCCACCACCUCUGAUGGCUCCGGCCCCUACAAGGCUCCCAAAGGUUCACCAGUGGCAGCGGCCCCCCCUUACUCCUCUCCUCCGAGGCUCACCUCUCCUCCGCUCCCAAUUAAGGCUCCUCCCAGCCAAUCUGGCUCUGAACCUUAUUCUCCACCCUACCAGUAUCAUACCUACAGUUACCAUCCUGCCCCUGCACCUCCUCCCCCUCCUCCUGCCCCACAUGUGGCACCUUAUGACAAGUACUAUCCACGAGGAGCUACUUAUCACUUCUAUCCUCCCACAUACUCUGGGGGCCAGUACCCCCCUGCUGUCUCAAGUUCUGAGUACUCUUAUCCCCCCCCACCUUCAGGAGGCAUGCACUACUCUCAGGAGAGCUACACUUCCUACACUUUGUGUGUGCCCAAUGCUCCUCCCCAGGGUCCCCCCCAGGCACUUGCUCUUCCCCCCCCACCUCCCACUUCCAACGGUCCUCACCCCCCUGCGUACGCCACAUAUCACUACACGGAAUAUACACCGGUCUUCGCGUAUCCUCCCACGGGUACGAUUGUUAAGAUAAACCUCAUAGGACCCUCCUCACAGAGUACAAUAUGCUGUCCAGUGGAUUCAAAAAACGUGCAUACCUGGCCCCCUACUGGUAGUGGUAGAGGGUCAGAAGCUUCAAGCAAUUCUAAUCAGUGCAGUGGACUUGGCCAGGGUGGUGGUGGUGGUGGCAGUGGAGGUGGUGGUAGUGGUGGUGGUUGUGGUAGCAGUAGUGGUGGCAGUGGUGGUGCAGGGUAUCAGUAUUCGUAUCGCCCCACCCAACAACCGCCCCAGCCCUCCCCCAAUGAAACUCCACAAGGUUGUAGUGCACCUUCAGUAUACCAGACUGGUCCUCUUACUACUGUAAUGACCACUGGCACUCAGCCUACUAUCCAAGUGUUUGGUGCUGUUGUGCCACAGCAGACAGUCACCUUGAUCCCACCCCAGGAAUCGCAGACAGUCAACGCUCCCCCUCCCAGUGUCCCCCCACCAGUGCCUGCCCCAGUGCCUCCCGUUGUGCCUCUUUCUCAGCCUCAACUUACCACCGCCACGACCAUGGUGGCCAUGGCACCCAUCAGUGUUACUGUGCCCCUAAAUCCUGGGGCUCCACAUGCCUCCCAGGCCAACACUGUUCCAGCACAAGCAAGCACAACUGCUUCUGGGAUUUUUGAGCCUUCAGUACCUGCUCAUCAAAAUGUGUCUGCUUAUGCAUCUGGUACUAUGCCUCAGUUAGCCACAGCUAAUAGUAGUACUUCAACCAUAACUUGUGAGGCAUCCUUGGCAACAACUUUACCACCACAACCCAUCUCAUCUGCCUCUCCUGAGGCAUCCACAUGCACCACUGCUGUUGUUACUGGAGUUCCUCAGACUGCAAUCAACCUCUCACCCCCACUUACAACGGAUGUGACUGGAAGGACGCAUCCAAUCGUGUCCCCAACUGAUCGAACUCCUGUUUUAGCACAGACAGUUUCAACUCCACAGAUACCUGCAUCAGCCACCCCUCAGGUCUCUCUGCCUGUAAUGAGUCCCACUCAUACCACAGCCACUGUCAACCCAAGUAAACCUCAGUCCUUGGUGACCCCCACACAGGUCACAGCUGGUGUGAUGGCUGGCAUUCCUCAUCAUGCAGCAACUUCAACACAAGGCACAAUAGCCAUUAUCACAGGCAUACCUCAGACUGGUGUAGUUACUACAAAUGUCACUACAGCGGUAGUUACUGGUGUACCACAGACUUCUGCAACUCCUGUGGCCAUGAGUACAUACCAGUCUUUACCACCUCCAUCAGAAUGUACAAAGGCAGCUGAAAUAAGACCAACUCAGUGUGAACCAUUGCCUUCCAGGGCCACAACCACCCAUGCCUCAAGUAACUAUCACAAAGUGACCCAGACUUGGUCCAAUAAUAAAGCAAUACCUUGUUUGCCACAAGCUGUAGAAAGUAUAGCUGAAGUUAGUACAACUGAAAGUCAAUCACAAGAACAAAUCACUAGAACUGAAGCGUCCAUCCAAGGUAGCACUGUUGAUGGAACUAAACCUCAUCUAGUUAAUACACAGUCCACAGUAACUACAGUAUCAAGUGCUCAGAAGACCCCCAUCAUUUCACCACAAUUAUCCCAUACAGUUGCUACCAGUAGCCAAGAGUCUCAUUCAACAUCAACCAAAGUCAUGAUGGCAGUUGUCACAGGAGUGCCCAAACCCACUCUAGCUUCUACCCACAUCAACACAGCAGUGGUAUCAGGCGUUCCUAGGGUAUCCACAGGCUUUACUUGCAGCCCCACUAGUGUUCCAAGUAUCCCUGCCCCAGCCAGUCAUAUGAAAGAUGCAACAAGAAAUCCUUUUAAUGAUAUUUCAAAGAAAUCUCUCCCUACAAUACAAUCUUCUCAAGAUAGUCAAGAGAAAGUAAAUCAUAGUUUACCACCAUCAAAUGAAAUGUGCAAAAAUCUAACAGUUUUUCAUAAAAUUUCUUCUAAUCAGGGGCUGCAACACUUUCCUAAAACCACAAAUAAAGUAAAUAAUGGUAAAUCUGUUUCUCAUAAUGCUAAAGAUGCCAUAGAUCUCACAGUUAAUGAGCCACAAGCCACAAAACCAAGAAGAGCACUUGAAGUUCAUGGGAGUUCACAUAAAGAUGGAAUGCAAAAUACAUGUUCAGUGCCUCCAAUGGAUGAAAGUGGUGUAAUAAUUAGAGAUUGUGUUCCUGCAAAGAAAAGAAAAGUCAGUUCAGUUCCUGCACAAGUAACAGAACCUCCCUCAUCUGCAAACACUGCCAUGCCCUCUCCAGGAACCUCUCCUUUACCAAGUGCAGGUUGUUUAUCAAGCAGAAACUGGAGUCCAACACAAUCAGGAAUCCCUUCUGACACUGUUGUGUCUUGUGCCUCUAGCAAUGUAACUGAAGUACCAACAUCCCUUUCCAUGGAUGAUGCUUGCAUCAAUAAAGUGCAAGGCCUUAGUGCUAGUGCAGUAAAGGCUAAUUCAAAUUCCCUAAGUGUUGUUGCCACAUCUAUAUCAUCACCCCUGGGAAACAGCCAGUCUCCAAAUGUUAUACAGUCAAAAACAACAAGUAACAGUUGCACAUCAGCUGAUAUGUGCUCUUCUACACAACCACCUUCCACUAGUCAAGGAGGAGGCAUCACCUCUGUUGUAAGAGACAUGAACGCACAUACUGAAGUAGCACAAAGCAAGGAUGCUGAAGGAACCAAAGGUGCAGCCAACAACAGUACCUCACAGCAGGGUUACCAGCGAACAGGAACCAGGCACUUGCUUUGCCAAACCAUACCCACACCAACAAAUGCAAAAGCAGCCACUGCUCCCUUAGCUAAGCCAAAAUCCUCCACAAGUAGUAGUGUCCCAAAAUUAUUGGUAAAAUCUGAAGAGAAGCCCAAAGAUUUAAAACCAAAUAUCAUGGGGAAUGUUCCUACAAUUCAAACCAAUGCAGUUUCAUUUGAAGUACCCUCUAAUAUUGUAACAAAUAACAACUCUGAUAAAGAAGAAUCAGAAUCUGAUUUUUUAGAUGUUAAGACAGGCCUGGCCCCAAUAGUUCGAAAAAGAGGGAGGCCUCCCAAGACAAGAGAUGCAAGCAGUGACACUAGCACAUCAGAAACAUCAAACACAAGCUCAGUUGUUACUUUUGGUCCUAAAACAAAAAUAAGUAAUUCACCAUUAAAGCCUAUUCAAAGUUUAGAUGAAAGGGAAAGCCAGAAGAAUAAGUCAGCAGAUGAAAAUUCUCAAGGUUACAAAAUGCUGCGAUCACAUUCAGAAGAGAGAAAAAAAGAAGUUUUGCAGUCAUCUAAUAGCCCCUCCUCACCUUCAAAACAGACAGUGGAUUGUAAGUCAGAUAUUAAACUUACUGGAUCUGUGAAAAUUAAAACUGAAGUUUUACCAAAAAUAAAGACUGAAAAAGUGUCCCCUAAAGGGCCAGCCAAGAUGCCUUCCCUUAAAAUGUGCCCAAAAGACAUUUCUCACUUUAAGACCAAACUUAUGGAAAGUCCUGGUGAAGUACCUUUAAAGAGUGGUUCCAUUCCAAAAAAGUUUGAUUUGCCCUCCCCAUCAAAAGCUACAGGUCUGGCAGACAAUGUAAAGCCAACCAAGGCUUUGCGUGAUGUAAAGAAAUCCACAGUGGGAUUGCCAAGUGACCAAAGAGUGCCCAAAAAUAGUUUAAUUGCAUCUAAAUCAAAAUCUAAAGAAGUUCCUGAAAAAAAAUUACCUACUUCAAAUAACAAUAGUAAAAGAAGGGGAGGGGAGAGUGUUGGGGUCAGUGGGAAAGGAGCUACAUCCUCUAGUACAAAGACUAGUGUUGCUGAGAGUGCCAACAGGACCACUGCCACAGGGAAAAAUCAGACCUCAAAAUCACACAAAGCUGCCAAGUCCAGCAAGGCUACCUCACGUCGAUCGCCCCCAAAUGGAAGACUGAAUAGAAAAAAAAGUCUUCUGUCAUACCUGAAGGAAGACAUAAAUGAAAGUGACACAUCUAGUGUGGACUCAGAGGUGGUUAGUGGAGGACGAAAAAGAUCACGCAGUAAAGAGGAUCCCCCAAAGUCUAACAGUGCCUCCCUCUUCUGCCCUUCACUGCCAAUCAAUGCUGGGUCACGGAAGAAGAGUGAUGGGAAGCAGAGCAAGGUGAAAACUGCCAAGAAACCUCGAUGGGUCCACAAUUGGUCAUGGGAAGGGGAACCCUUCGAAGGAAAAAUCUGGCUACGAAAUGACGAGCUGGAACUGGAUAGGACAUGCUACAGAGCUAUGCGCCACAAGGAAGGUGACAUCGUUCGUGUGAGAGAUUGUGUGCUACUCAGGUCUGGCACACGGAAAACAGAUCUCCCCUAUGUUGCUAAAAUUGCCUCUCUCUGGGAAGACCCAGAAACUUCUGACAUGAUGAUGUCCAUCCUCUGGUACUACCGGCCAGAACACACUGAGUCAGGCCGACGCCCAGAUGAUCUCCCUGAUGAAAUAUUUGCAUCCAAGCACCGGGACCACCUCAGUGUUGCAUGCAUUGAGGACCGUUGUUAUGUCCUCACCUUCAACGAGUAUUGCAGGUACAGACGUUUGGUCCGUUUCUUCCAAGAAGGUGUGUAUCCCAUGGCUACUCCAGUGCCUGAUCCUGAGGAAGGGUACUGCCGCAAGGAUCGGCUGCCUCCUGGGUGUGUCGUUCCAGACCUCCUGUUCUUCUGCAGACGGGUCUACGAUUACCGAAUAAAAAGGUUAUUGAAGAACCCUUACUGAGGGUGUGCUUUGGGGGAGGGGUUUGGGGAGGGCAACUACACGUGGGAAGACACCAGCCCCAGUUAUGCUGGACAUAAUGGUGAAGGGGAGGACUCAAUGCAAAAGUUUGAACUGAAUGCACUGAUUAUUUUGUGGCCAAUAAACUGAGUGCUUCUGGAUGUUUGAACACAUUCCAGGCAAAGUUAUUUGUUUAUAUUAGUGGAAAGUAUAAGGAUGAAGGAUAUAUACAUAAAUAUACAUAUAUAUAUAUAAAUAUAUACAUAUAUAAAUAUUUAUAUAUUAGUAUUUAUGAACUAAAUAAUUAUGCGAUUGAGCACUGGGACUGAAAAUCAAAUAAGUUAAGGACAGUGAAGGGACUAAGUGACGUCACCCCUAUGAUUACUGCCAGUGGUUCUUAUGAUAGUGUCACAAUAAGUAUUUUGUCAUAUAAAAUGCCAAUAGGUUUGUACAAAAUACAAAUUUUUAUAUGUAUGCAUUACCUAUGGUGAGCAUCACUUCUUGGCCACCAGUAUAACAUGUUAGUUAAGACUUAUUUAUGAAAUAUUAAACUUAAGGAACCAAUAAUUCCUUGUUGCCAGUGUUAACUAUCUCCUUGCUUAACAAGUGUAGCUGUUGAGCAACUACCUUAUUUAAUAAUUGAGAUAUUUUCUGAACCAAAGUUUCAUAUGGUCUUUGAUCUAUUUAUAUUCCUAUGAUUCUUAACUAGCCAAAUAGUGUCUGUGUUCAAGGAAAACUGUCUGUUUACUUGACUCUUCCUGAUGUUUUUUCAGUCUGUAGUUAGAUAACUUAUAGCCAAGAGGAGGCAAGAGAGUAGGGUUUAAACCCAAUAGUAUCUGAAAACAUGGAUACACACUGAGGUGAAGAGUGCUACAUAUUUAGUGGUUAGAAUGAUCUUGACCACACCAAUUUGAUUCAAUACAAUAGCCAAAAUGGACACUUAAAUAUUAAGCUGAGCCAUUUGACACAUAUCUCAUUGAAUCAUGAUCCCAAUUGUGCAUUUCAUGGUGCACAGUUGUCAGUGUGGGGUUGGGUAGCACCUGGUGGGGGGAUGCAGCUGCUCUAGGAGUGGCAGCAAGAUCUGAGCAUAGUUAAACAUUUUGUCCAGCCACUGCUACACUGCCUCACUCUUCACUCCCCUCCUUCACCUGCUGCUCACCAGUCAUUGAGUAUAUUGCCGAAGAAAUAUAUUUGAUACAAAUUAAGAGAGUAAAGCAUUUAUAUUGGUAUUAUUUGUUUGAAUUUUCUUUUAUUAAUUUGAAGACAAUCUGAUGAUCAAGAAAUUAUUUGACUAAAAUGUUUUUUACAUAAUUGCUUUAUUUUGAUUUGACAAUCACACCUGUAUAGUUAGUUGUAUCAUUAGCUAAAGUUAUAGUUUUAUUGAAUAUUUGAGUCGUUCAAUUGGAAUUGAUAGAUCAUGAAUUCUUUACCUCAAAGGUGGAUGUGCAUUAAAUGAUACAUAUUUUAUGCACAGUACUAACUGUAGCCAUAUAUUCAUCAAUAGAUUUUGAUAUCUAAAUUAUUACAUCAUAAUCUAUAGUAAUACAUCUGAGUUGGAAAUCAUAAGUAAAGUGAUGUUUUCUUAGUAUUUGUGCAUAAAACUCGCUGAGAUUUGCUCUCUGACCUAUUAACUGGUAACCACUUUCAUCCUAGUCUUUCCUCAAAUUCUCCAUUCCAUUUCUCGAGAAAUGUAAGUAAUUUUAUAGUGUGUGGUGAGCAACCCACUGCUGCCAGAGGCUGGGUUAGGAAGAUAUUUUUGCAAAUGUACUGUAACAUCUAAGAGAUAUUCAGGAGUGUAACAUAAGAUAAUUUUUAUUCCUCUUUUUAGUUUGAUUGCAAAUGUACAAUAUUUUGUGUGGUUUACUAUAUGGCUAUGUUAUUUUUAACUAUUUUUUUUAUAUGGUAAUACAAUGAAUAAAAAACUGAUGAAGUGAGAGGUCCAUUGCUUUAGUUAGUAUGUUUUAGUAUUUGCAUGCACAAAAUCGAUGGAGGAUAAGAAAACUACACCCUGGAUUCUGUGCAUCAGUCACAAAACCUAUGUCUGGAGCUGGCACAGGUUGGGACCUGCACUGGGUUGAGUCACCCAUGUCCCCUCUCUGCUCUAUCACAAGAGUCUUCUUUGCAAAGGUUCUUUACAUCAUGUUUAAUUUGAAUGGCAUUUCAGUACUGGUUGCCAUGCACAUCCUUCCUUGCACAUAUUAUUGGAUAUUUUGCUCUUCAGUUCAAGCAUUUCUCUAUCAGAGCAUAUUCACCUUCUAUCUCGUCGGAUUCCUCAUACUACUGUGUUUGUAGCUCUUCAAAUGAAACACAUCUUGAUUCCUGCUCCUUUUGUUAUCAGUUAGAGACCUGACCAGCUUGUAUUCUGAAGCACAUGCAGGAAAGUCGCUGCUCUGGGCACUCAAUGUACUAAAUGUGAUUUUUUUUUUUUUUUUCAUCUUUUACUAUUUAUUGGGCCAUGGGUAUUUUGUAAUGGUUGAAGCAGAAUGUCAGCAAAGCAGUUUGCCAGCUUUAACAACCUAUUUCAGUGUAUUUCAUCAGUAUGUAUAGUACAGUCGUCAAAAAAGUAUUGAACACCCAUGGGUCAGUGGAACAGAGUUUGAGCAAAAUCUAUAGGUAUGGUGUUGUGCUGGUUAGGCUGGUACCAUUAGGUAGACUCUAACCACUAGUACCAACCUAACUGCUGCACCAUGAUUUUGCUCAAAUUCUAUUCCAUGGCCCAUGGGUAUCUGAUUUUUUUUUUAUGACUGUACAUACUUUUUAUUAUGGAAUACUUCCUUAUUGCUUACUGUCAGCUUUUUAUAAGUAUGUAUUUUUCCUUUGUUUCAUCCGUGCCAUAUACCAUGUUCAGGAAGAAAAAUAUUGUAAGAUUUUUUUUCUAUUGUUAUAUUUAGCACAACAUAAAUAAUCUUGUAAAAGUUAACUAAUUGAAAUUCCUCUUUAUCAUUAUUAUUAUACUUUAUUUUAAGGGGGCUAUGAUCAUAGUACCUCAUUGGAGUCACAUAGCUGAACAGCUUCUAAGACUUUUUGCCUUCAACCAACAAAAUAUAUGCAUACUUCCUUGUUUUAAUGUUCAGUUGUGAAAAAUAAUCAAUUUUUCUGUAAAGUAUGAGUGCAGCAAGCAGAGGACGUGGAAAUUGUGUUUAAAGUCUGUUAUAGCCUGUCCCUGUAGCCUGUAGUCCAUGUUUAGGUAGGCCACAUUUUUUCCUUCGAAGCCCUUAUCUAGAGCAGAGCUUUUCCGGAGAGUGAUUGGCGAGUCUUGGCCGUUAGUUUGUGUUGUGCUAGUGACUAGUGAUAGUUAGUCUUUGGGUAAUUUGUUAUGGCAAGGAGUCUAUAUUAUUACAGCAAUUGAGUAUGAUAAGAUAUUGUACAUAAAAAAGAUAGAUUUAUGUUUAAAAUGAAUACAAUUACAAAUUUU